AUGGUGCUGCUGCUCCCCGUGUUGCUGGUGGCGGCGGCAGUGUGCUGGAUGCCGUUCAUCAGCAGCGUCGUUGGAGAGGUGACGAUGGUGGAGGAUGACGCGGGCGCAUUGCACAUCAACACGAGCGAUCCAAUGAACCAGCCGGUGUUCGUGAAUGGUGUGAACGUGCACGAGACCCUCAGCACGCUGAUGAGAACCGUGUCAGUGCAGCAGAACACAAUUGAUGCGCAGCAGAACACGAUCGACGCACAACAGAGCGCAAUCAAUGCCCAGCAGGCGGCGAUCGACCGUGUCCGUGGCAAAGUGUGUUUCCCAAGUGCCACGACGUUUGGCCAGCUGGGGUCAGCAGGCGCAAAGUGGCUUGGGGGCGCACUUGCCAACAAUGGCCUGAUCUACGCGGCACCGUACAACUCCCCUUCCGUGCUCAUCAUUGACCCCAGCACCAACACCAUUGAUACAACCACAAUCUCUGGCUUUGCCUUGAAUGGCGGGAAAUGGGCUGGUGCUGUUCUGGCGCACAACGGCUUCAUUUACAUGUUCCCUUCGAGAAGGGAGACGGUGCUCAUAAUCGACCCAGCCACCAACACCAAGGAUACAUCGAGUAUCCACUCCCUUGAACCCGGAGGAGACAAGUGGUACAGUGGCGUUGUGGCCAGCAACGGCCUCAUCUUUGGCAUUCCACUGUUUGCAACCUCUGUGCUGAUCAUUGAUCCCGAGACCAACACAGCCGACAUCACCACACUCUCUGGGCUGUCAAGCCAGGCAUAUAAAUGGUAUGGCGGCGUGCAAGCAGACAACGGCCUCAUCUACUGCAUUCCCAGGCUGGCUUCCUCUGUCCUCAUCAUCAAUCCAGAGUCCCUGACGAUGGACUCCACCACCAUUACUCGCCUUGGCACAAGUGAAGCCAGCAAGUGGUACGGUGGCGUUCUUGCGCGCAGUGGCCUCAUGUACACCAUCCCAGCUUUCUCUGCAAGGACACUCGUCAUCGACUCAGCCACCAACGCCACCAGCACGCUGGUUGUUGCAGAUGCGACGACCUCAAACAAAUGGAUUGGCGGUGUGCUUGCACCCAACGGCAACAUCAUCGGCAUCCCAUAUUUUUCGCGGUCCGUCCUCAUCUUCGAUUCAACCACCAACACCACCGACACCACAACCAUCAACGACCUUGCUGGGACUGCCAAGUGGUGGGAUGGCGUUCUCGGUUCAAACGGCCUCAUCUACGGCAUCCCAUCUUACGCUGAGUCCGUUCUCGUCAUUGACCCUGGGUGCUGA